CGACAUCUCACCCUUUCAAGCUAGACGCAGCAAAUGGAAAUGCUGACAAUUUCCAUUUUCUCAUGGCUAAAUCUAUAAAAUGGAGAAUACUUCGCGCAGGGAAGGCACUGGGAAAGCGCCGAUAAAACCAGGACGCCGAAACCACAAAAAAUCGAGAGGUGGAUGUGGCAAUUGUAAACUCCGAAGUGUCAAAUGUGAUGAGACCAAACCGGGCUGCAAGAGAUGCAGUGCGUACGGGGUAUCAUGCAGCUACAAUCCCAAUGCUGCGGAUCUGCAGCCCUUGUUUGUUGGUACCACGACCAUGAAACAGGGCUCUCCAAAGGCACAACACCCAAUCAUCCAGGCCGCCCAACCAAACCAUAAUCACCUUUCAAUGGUUCACGCCCCCCCACGUCUUACCAAUGCUACACCUAUCCUCUCAGAUGGCUAUGCGGGCAUUGAGAUGGACACACAGAGCCUCGAGCGCUUACGGCGCUUUCAUCUUAGAACCGUACCAACCAUGGGAGGCCCCGAGGCGGCGGAAUUCUACCAGAGCCACGCCCUUAAAAUGGCCUGCUCCGCUCCGUACGUGAUGCACCUUGUACAGGCCCUAACAUCCCUGCACGAUCGACACUUCUCAGGCCAGCCCAACAAGCGACAGAUUGCUGCGGAAUCCUACCACCUCUCACGCGCCGCCGCACAGUUUAACCGGAAGCUAUCCGAACCACUCGCACGUGCCGACCGUGACGCCGUAUGGGCAGCCGGCUGCCUUAUAGGCUGGAUAGUCUUCUGCUCGAUCGACGCGAAACAGGCAUCAGAGGCGUGGCCACUCGCACCAUCAAAGCCAUCGGAUCUGGAGUGGAUACGCAUGAAUGAUGCCAAAGCCUUGCUAUGGGGUAUUACAGAUCCAAUGCGGGCCGAUAGCAUGUUCAGUAUAAUGUCCACCGAGUAUGCUGCCGGGAUGCACAAGACAUCCGCGGCCGAUAUAGGUAUCCCGCCCGCAUUCUCACGAUUAUAUGGGCUUGAUGACCCCGAGUCCGAGAGUGGCCCGUAUGCCGUUGCCGUGCGAGCACUAGUAGCGUUGCUGCCAGUCGAAUGCGACUGCCAAAACUACGUGACCUUUUUUCUCUUCCAGGGGCACAUGCAGCCGGCCUUCAGGGAGCUGUUGGCACAGAGGGACGCCCGUGCUCUGCUGUUGCUAGCGUAUUGGUAUGCGAAGAUCUGCCAGUCGGUGUGGUGGCUAGAGCGGCGCGCGACGCUCGAGUGCCAGGCUAUUUGUGUGUACCUCGAGCGGUAUCAUGGCGGAGAUACUGAGAUUCAGGAGCUGUUGCAUUACCCACGAAUGCGAUGUGGGAUGUUGGCACAGGAUGGUCCGCAGUAUAAGACCGGGGUUGCUGUUGAUGGCCAUGGUACUACUUAUCUUAUGUACCCAUAAGGAUGUUAUCUGUUGUCACAAAAUAUCUAACUAAAUGCAUACAUUUGGCUCAUGCGCUUGGAAACAACAUCUAUAAUGGACCGACAUCCACAGCCCUCUGCUACUGCCCUAUCCUCGUGCUCCAGGUGGACAGUGACACGUAAGAAGCGUAGCGCCAAUAUGAAAAUAGAGGAUCAACUGCGGCAUGGCCGCAGCACUACGACCCUCUACAGUAUCAACCAAUGGCAUACCCUUUCGCGGCGGUCACCCGGAUCUACGCAGGUCCCUUAACCCCUAAGCUGUGAAACAUAUACCCCACAAGUGACAACCCCACAAUUGCAGUGGCUAUGGUUAAUGCCUCUCUGCUUAUGGCAUAG